UUAAAUAAUUUAAAUUAUUUUAUUCCAACAUGAGUUUGAAACCACAAUAAAUCUGUAAAAAAAAUAUAAAAUUUACCCAAAAUAUUAUUAAUCAAACCCAAUACAAAAUAAAAGUUUUAAUAAACGAAGUUCGGAAAUUUUAAAACAAAAAAAAAAUCCGAUCCCAUCCCCAAUGUCCAAUGCCUAUUUAUUUUGGUUUUGUUGUAUACACCGCUUCAACUUUCAUGGUGUAUGGGAGGUUAAAACUAUACGUGGUAGAUUUGUAAUUAUCUAGAGUGACACAUAGCCUUGAUUCGUAAUCCAGAAACUCGUGAAAUGGGACUUCAGUUCCUACGUGGCAAGUAAAGACAUGAGACAAGAUAAUCCAUUACCAAACUAUCACCGAAACACUCAGUGACCUUCUUCACUUCUUCUUCUCUUUCUUAUCUCCAAGCGGUAAGGACAGAAAGAUUCCAAAAUGGCUCACUCAUGGGAUCAACUAGGCGAAAUAGCUUCAGUGGCGCAGCUCACAGGAGUAGACGCCGUGAAACUCAUCGGAAUGAUAGUCGCCGCCGCGAACACAGCUCGCAUGCACAAGAAGAACUGCCGUCAGUUCGCACAGCAUCUCAAGCUCAUUGGUAACUUGCUCGAGCAGCUUAAAAUCUCCGAAAUGAAGAAGACGCGUCCCGAGGUUCAGGAGCCUCUCGAAGGGCUUGAGGACGCUCUUAGAAGAUCUUACCUUCUUGUCAACAGCUGCCAAGACAAGAGUUAUCUCUACUUGUUAGCCAUGGGAUGGAACAUUGUUUACCAGUUUCGUAAGGCUCAGGACGAGAUCGAUCGUUAUCUCAAGAUCAUUCCGCUUAUCACUUUGGUCGACAACGUUCGGGUUCGGGAGAGGCUUGAAGUUAUUGACAGUGAUCAGCGUGAGUACACGCUCGAUGAAGAAGAUAGAAAGGUGCAAGAUGUUAUUUUGAAACAAGAAUCCACUAGAGAAGCUGCUGCGUCGGUUCUCAAGAAGACGCUAUCUCGUUCUUACCCGGAGAUGGGUUUCUGCGAAGCGCUUAAAACGGAGAAUGGGAAGUUGCAAGUUGAGUUGCAACGUUCGCGUGCGCGCUAUGACACGGACCAGUGCCAAGUCAUUCAGCGUUUGAUUGCUGUUACUGAAACUGUUGAAGAUGUUGAUGAUGAACCUGUGAAAGAUGAGUCCUAUGAUACCGUUUAUGCAAAGAAAAGUAGGACUAGAGGAAUGGAAUCAUCACAGCACCAGGAAGAAUGGCACACUGACUUGUUGGAUUGUUGCUCAGAGCCUACUCUAUGCUUGAAGACAUUCUUUUUCCCGUGUGGUACAUUGGCAAAGAUAUCCACUGUGGCUACUAACAAACAAAUCACUUCAAGUGAAGCUUGUAGUGAGCUAAUGGUGUAUUCUUUGAUGCUCUCAUGCUGCUGCUAUACUUGUAGCAUAAGGAAGAAGCUUCGGAAGACGCUGAAAAUAAAGGGAGGGUCCAUUGACGACUUUUUAUCACAUCUGAUGUGUUGUUGUUGUGCUCUUGUCCAAGAACUGAGAGAAGUUGAGAUUCAUGGAGCUUCGUACGGUAAAUAAAUACAUUUAUAGAUAGAUAGAUUAACAUGCCAAUUUUUGAAUAUUUGGUUCUAAUAUUUGAAGCAGAGAAGAAGAAGAAAAAUAUGACUCCACCAUCACCUCAGUUCAUGGAAGAAUGAAACUUUUCUAACACGGAACAGAACAUUUAUCUUGGAUGAUUUUCCUUGAAUAUUUAAUGUAAAUUAGAGUCUCCAUGGAUACUUUCAGAACGCUCCUUGUGCUUUUCUUUUACAUAGAAUAUGUAAUUAUGUAGGUGACGAGAACAUUUGUAAGCAAUAAUGGACAUUUGACGAAAAUAUCAUGAACCAAACUCGUCGUUCCAGUGUUUCAAACUUUCAGAAAACUUCAGAUGCCACCAUAUUUGCUAUUA